AUGCUUUUCUUCGUUCAGGUCGACUUGCAUUACCGCCAACCACCUCCCACGUCUUCCUCCGGACCUCCGACCGGUUCCGCCGGCCCUAUUGUCAGCUUGAAGACCAUCUUCCAUGACUCUCUGACCUCGAGCAUUACCAUGUUCUUCAACGGGAGAGAUGAAGCACAUCAAAUGGUCAUGUGGCCCGUUGGUGAUAACAUUCCGGAAAAGACAAGGCAGCACCUUACGUGGGUCAAAAUUGUGAAAUCGUUGGCGGUGCAAUCCCACACUACCAUCGAUCUUGCCGUUGCUCCGAAAUGCGUCGCUCCGGCUGAGAUUUGCCGUCAUGCGACGUCGCUGCUCUGUUCUGCUGCAGUCGGUGCGGAAAUAGCCCUCCUGAUCCUACAACUGCCUAUGAAAUGGAGAAAUGGAGCAUCCAUGAUGGCGGAAUAUCGCCGACUCCGUGAGAAGUGGCUGAAGGCCGAAGGGGAUGUGUUGCCGAACGGUUGCGAACAGCCACGCGUGGCACUCUCCUCGGAAAAGGAGAUUGCAAAGGCAUGGGCUACCGUCGAACCCUGCCUAGACAGCUUUCGGUCCAUCAUUAUGGAUAUGACGGAGUGUAUCAACAUCCUGUCCGAAGGUCGAAAGUACAACGCAGCCAUCUCUCCUCAAUUACUCUACGAGACCAUCAUCCAUGUGCGCAAUGCGACCAUACUCUUCUCAGUGUAUGAAGAGAACAUGGGUACCAUCAACAAGGCUAUGAUCAAGAUGGAGACGCAAAAGAGGCGAAAGACGCGUUUGCGAAUCAACGUUGCGCUUGUUGUGAUAUUUGUGGCGGUUACAGCUGGUUGGUUCACAGGAGGGCUUUCCACUUUGGUGUUUGCCGCAACUGGAGGAGCUGCCGCGGGAGGAAGUGCUGCCAACGAGGUCUCAUACUGCCUCGACAUCUCUAAACACAAGGAACUUAUUCGCCAAUGUAAGAAAAUCCACCGGGGCCGUCCAAGCUCGUCUAACAUGUCGCUCUACUAG